AUGCAUUUACCAAUAGUCCUACUAGCAGUGGUAGUAGUAGUAUUAUUCUUGGUGCCUGCAAUAAGUUCUCAGCCGCCGCCGCCGCCGCCGCCGCCGGAAGAUUGUGAAAGGUCAUGUGGCAAUGUGAGUAUUCCUUUUCCCUUUGGUUUAACGGAAAGAUGCUCCUACGAUAGUAGCUUUCUCGUGACAUGUGAAUCUGGUGGUCCCAAAAUUGUUUUAUUUUACGAAAAUAUUGAUAUCGUUAAUAUUAAUACUAACACAAGUGAAUUAGAGGCUAUGGCAAUCGUUGCCUAUGAUUGCUCCAACAGCUCUUAUUCAGCCACAUUCGAGACAAAUGGAUCUUUCUCGAUAUCAAAGAAAAACAGAUUGUUUGCCGUUGGGUGUAAUAUUUCAGGAGAUACAGACAAUACUUCAUGCGAUUCUGUAUGUAAUUACGAUUCUAUGAGAAACGGAUCAUGCUUAGCUGGAAAUGGUUGUUGUGAAGCAAAACUUCCAAAAGGGAUAACCGGGUUCUUUAUAUCAACAUAUCGUUCGGUUGGCAUGGAUAGAAAUGAACUGGACAAGAAUCCCUGUAGCUAUGCAUUUGUCGUGGAACAAGGCAAGUACGAAUUUUCUACGACUGAUCUUCUUGAUUUCCAAGGUACUAAAAGGAAUUAUCCGAUGACAUGGUUACUUGACUGGGCAAUUGGAAACGACACUUGUGCCAUGGUUGAUCAGGAAUCGGAUGAUUUCUUAUGCAAAGGAAACAGUGAAUGUAUUCAAGAAUUUGUUGGUCGUGGAUAUCGGUGUCGUUGCAAGCAGGGUUAUUCUGGCAACCCUUAUCUUAAAGAUAACUGCAUAAAUAUUGAUGAGUGUAAAGUCGGAACUCAUAAUUGCAAAGGUGAAUGCAUUGAUGCUCCUGGAAACUAUACAUGCCCUUGUCCAAAUGGUAAACCUGGAGAAUACAGGAAAGAUGUAAAUACUUGCAGUGCAGAUGAAUUACCCAUUAUACAGAUUUUCGUAGGUACCUUAGUUGCGGGAUUAUUUCUGAUUUUACUCUUUACGUGGAUAUACGUGGGACUCAAAAGGCGUAAGAGUUUGAUUCUUAGAGAGAAGUUCUUUAAAGAAAAUGGUGGAAUAAUGUUGCAACAAAAAAUUUCUAGGGAUGAGGGUCCUCAAAUUCAAGCUAAACUCUUCACAGUAAAAGAGCUUGAGAAGGCUACCAACAACUAUGAUCAGAGUAGGAUUAUUGGAAAGGGUGGCUUUGGCACAGUGUUUAAAGGAUAUCUGCCUGGUGAUAGAAUAGUUGCCAUAAAAAUGUCCAAGAUAGUAGAUCAAACCCAAACUCAAGUUGAACAAUUUAUCAAUGAAGUGUUUAUCCUUUCCCAAAUCAAUCACAGAAAUGUGGUGAAGUUGAUUGGUUGUUGUCUGGAAACGGAAGUCCCUUCAUUAGUUUACGAAUUUAUUCCAAAUGGCACCCUCUUUGAUCACCUCCAUAAUGAAUGCAAGUCGAAGGCUAUUAAUUGGGACAUCCGACUAAGAAUAGCAACAGAGACAGCUGGAGCACUUUCACAUUUACACUCUGGAGUGUCUGUCCCAAUCAUUCAUCGAGAUGUCAAGACAAUGAAUAUACUUUUAGAUAGUAGCUAUGUAGCAAAAGUAGCUGAUUUUGGAGCAUCAAGGCUAAUUCCUAUGAAUCAGGAUAAAUUGGCGACAAUGGUGCAAGGAACGCUAGGUUACUUGGAUCCAGAGUACUUUCAAACAGGCCAGCUCACUGAAAAGAGUGAUGUUUAUAGUUUUGGGGUAGUACUGGUGGAACUUUUAACCGGAAAGAAGAUUGUUGACUUCAAUAAGCCCGAGAAUGAAAGACAAAUAACCAAAUCUUUUUUAGCGUCUUUAGAAAAUGAGACUCUAUUUCAGGUUCUUGAUGAAAAGUUGCAACUAAACGAAGUUCCAGAUCACGAGAUCAUCUUAGUUUCAAUGCUUGCAAAAAGAUGUUUACACCUCAAAGGUAACGAAAGGCCUACCAUGAAAGAAGUGGCAUCAGAGCUAGAACGCAUAUCGGCGCCAUCAGUGAUUGACAAACAUCCAUCCGUAACAAGUACUUCAAAAGAAGAAGAAACUACAUGUUUGCUUAAUGGAGCAAGUGGAGACUAUGAAGACAUUGAUGGCACCGAUACAAGCUCAUUAGAAUUUCAUAGCAUGAAGGCGUCUCUUCCAAAGUAGACGGUCUAAUCAACAUUUUUACGUACUUUUGGUUUACUAUAUGUAUGUGUGUCAUCAUGUAAAUUGUGUGGUUUAGAUGGUCUCCGUCAGGAAUUGUCUCAAGUUGACCAAAUUAUCCAUAUGUGCUAUAUGUUUGGCGAAAAUCAUGAAUCAAUCU